CCCCGACCUCCGCCUCCGCCUCCGCCUCCGUCCGCGGCGGCGUGAGGGAGCCCCAAACCCUAGCGACCUGCCCGAUCCCGCCGCCGUCCGCUCCGCGCCUUGACGCCGGCAGCGAGGAUGAGUUCGAAGAAGGUUCCAUUCCACCGACACAAGGAGAACGAGGAGGCCAGGAAGAAGAGAGAGCAAGAUGAAGCAGCACGCGUGUACGAGGAAUUUGUCGAGUCAUUCAAGGGUGAUAGCUCAUCUGGGUCGAAGUUUGUUCGAGGAGGCGUGAUUGAUCCCAAUGCCAAACUGAGGGUUGAUUCCGAAGGUGGAAAGUCCAAAGAUGGGGGGUCUGUUCCAAAGAAGGGCAGUAGGUAUGUUCCAUCUUUUUUGCCGCCGUCAUUUGGGAAAGAGCCAGAGAAAAAGAGGGAAGAGGAGCGCCCAAAGGAAAAGGAAAGACGAAAGUCACGGGUAAUAGAUGAGUUCAUGGAGGAACUCAAGUUUGAGAAAGAGCUUCGACAAAGGCGUAAUCAGGAACGCGAGCAAUGGCGUGAGGGUCGACACACUGAUACCUCUUCUUCAUCUAGCCGUUUUGAUGAAUUGCCAGAUGGAUUUGAUCCCAUUGGGAGACUUCCAGGAUCAUUUGAUGAUGGGGAUCCGCAAACAACGAACUUAUAUGUUGGGAAUCUUUCUCCAAAGGUGGAUGAAAAUUUUCUUCUGAGGACAUUUGGUCGUUUUGGACCUAUUGCUAGUGUCAAGAUUAUGUGGCCUCGAACAGAAGAGGAACGCAGAAGGCAAAGGAAUUGUGGUUUUGUUGCCUUCAUGAAUAGAGCAGAUGGACAGGCAGCCAAGGAUGAAAUGGAAGGUGUUGUUGUGUAUGACUAUGAGCUGAAGUUAGGGUGGGGCAAAUCUGUUGCUCUUCCAUCACAAGCACUUCCUGCUCCUCCUCCUGGGCACAUGGCAAUCCGAAAUAAGGAGGGUGGUAAUGUCGUCCUAUCUGGUUCCGGUGGCCCACCUAUUGCAUCUGUUAAACCACAAACCUCGGAACUGGUCCUCACCCCAAAUGUUCCUGAUAUAGUGGUUGCUCCGCCAGAUGAUGCACAUCUUCGCCAUGUGAUUGACACAAUGGCUCUGCAUGUACUUGAUGGGGGGUGUGCUUUUGAACAGGCUGUUAUGGAGAGAAGCCGAGGAAAUUCUUUAUUUGGUUUCUUGUUUGAUCUUAAAUCAAAGGAGCACACAUACUACGUUUGGAGAUUAUACUCAUUUGCUCAGGGUGAUACUUUGCAGAGGUGGAGAACGGAACCAUUUAUUAUGAUUACAGGAAGUGGAAGAUGGGUUCCACCUGCUUUGCCAUCCAGCAGAAGUCCUGAGCGUGAAAAAGAAUCUACUUUUGCAGCUGGUAGAAGCAAGCGCGUCGAACUGGAGCGCACAUUGACUGAUUCACAGCGUGAUGAAUUUGAGGACAUGCUACGUGCGUUGACACUGGAGAGAAGUCAGAUAAAGGAGGCUAUGGGAUUUGCAUUGGAUAAUGCUGAUGCAGCUGGAGAGAUUGUUGAGGUUCUUACAGAAUCUUUGACACUCAAGGAGACACCCAUCCCAACCAAGGUUGCUCGGCUUAUGCUAGUGUCUGAUAUUCUCCAUAACAGCAGUGCUCCUGUGAAGAAUGCUUCUGCAUUCCGAACGAAGUUUGAGGCUGCUUUACCUGAUGUUAUAGAAAGCUUCAAUGAUCUGUACCGCAGCAUCACAGGAAGGAUUACUGCUGAAGCUCUGAAGGAGAGAGUUUUGAAAGUUCUACAAGUAUGGGCAGACUGGUUCUUAUUUUCUGAUGCAUAUCUGAAUGGGCUAAGAGCUACCUUUCUUAGAACAAGCCACUCAGGGGUCAUCCCUUUUCACUCUCUAUGUGGUGAUGCACCGGAGAUUGAAAAGAAAGCUAACUCUGAGGAUGGAAGUGAUGGAUUUAGGCUCAAUGAAGAUGGUGCCUUGGCCACAGGAAAGGUAGCAGCAACGAGAGAGCUCUUAGGGCUUCCACUAGCUGAACUUGAACGCCGUUGCAGACAUAAUGGCCUCUCGCUAUGUGGUGGUAAAGAGAUGAUGGUUGCUAGGUUGCUUAGCUUGGAAGAGGCUGAAAAGGAGCGAUUAUAUGAUAAGGAUGCUGGCAUUAAAUAUGGGCAAGGAGAACCACACAGAACUGGAAGAGAUGACAUCGUUGUGAAUGCUCGUAAUGCUUCAAGACCUGGAGAAGGUACUGAUGGUGGUGAAUCAGAUAUUGUAGGUCUCUCUCAUUAUGCUAUAGAAGCAGUGCACAAACGCUCUAACGAAUACACAUCCACUGAACCUGUUCCAAGCAAGAAGCCAAAAGUUGAUCCUGUUUUGCCUGCUUCAAAAUGGAGUCGUGAUGAUGAUGCCAGUGAUGAAGAUAGAAAAGGUGGCAGAGGCUUAGGAUUAAGCUAUUCAUCUGGUAGUGAUAUUGCUGGUGAUUCUGGGAAAGCUGAUGCGACCGAAGUUAGUACUGAUAAUUCUAAUCAUCAUCAGGAUACGAUUCUUGAUGAAGAGCAUAGGAAGAAGCUGAGGCAGAUCGAAAUUGAUGUCAUGCAGUAUCGUGAAUCUCUUGAAGAGAAAGGUUUGCGAAACACAGAAGAGAUCGAGAAGAAGGUUGCCAGCCACCGUAGGCGUCUUCAGUCUGAAUAUGGUUUAUCCUUAUCAAAUGAUGGUGCAAACAGCAGACGUUCUUCUGAGAGAAUGUCAUUGGAGCGGAGAGAUAGGUACGAUGAUGUGCGAGAUUCUUCAAGGAAACGUCGGCGUAGCUUAAGCAGGAGCCGUAGUCCUCCAAGGAGGUCGCUGGAAAGAGAUCGAGAGCACAAUCGUAACAGGGACACAGACAGAUUGCAUGGCAAUGAUGCUGGAAGAGACAGGUUACGUGAAAAAAGUGCAAGCCGAGGAAGGGACGACCACUAUGACAGAAGCAAAGACAGGGAGAAGGACAGGAGGAAGGGAAGGUGAUUGAUGCCGGAAAAUCUUCUGCAUUCAUCCCUUUGCCUCAAUAAGGUGCAGUGGAUCAAUCUUGUGCCAGAUCGCAACAGAUAAAAUAUCCUGCACAUAUGAAGAGCAUCCGGCGUGCCGUAUGCAUUGAAGAACCUAUGUGUUGGUUCCCUACUUAUGUAGCCUGAACAAAAGUAGCGUGUGAAAAAUAGAAAUAUUAUCAAGUGGAGCUGUGUAGUUAAUGAAAUUCUGUUAGACGACCGGAGCUAGGAAGUUGCUUUGAUGCCAUUGUCCACUCUAUUUCACAUGCUUAUUCAUGGAUGACAUACACAAGCUUUAGAUU